AUGGACUGCAAGACAUGUGGCAUCUGCAAUGAAGUCUUCAACGAGGACGAUCGCUGCCCGAGGAUUUUGCCCUGUACACACUGCCUGUGUUCGAUAUGUCUUUCUGAACUCAUCGAAAGAAAUUCCAAGACUUGUCCAUUCUGUCGUGUCGAGUUUACAGCAAGCUCAUCUAAGCACGUUGGCAUAAACAUUCACCUGCUAGAAGUCUUGAGAUAUGUUUCUGACCUAGAGACUACCAACACAUCCCUGCUUGAAAAGACACCUAUGUUUUGUGAAAUGAGUCCUGACCUUCUUAAAAAGGUAAACAAGAAAUUGACUAAGGAACUUCUUUCGAGUUGUCAGAGUAUGACAGAUCAAAUUCAUAAUGUCAUCCAACACGUUUCAAAAUUUAAAAGUGAUUUAUCAGAAGUGAAUGAAGACUAUAAACAUAGCGCACAAGCAGAAAUACAUGAAACAACAUCAAAAAAUGAACUAGAAAUCAAAUACCUCAUCGACGAAAAUGAAAGAUUAGAAACGGAACUGGCCUCCAUAGUGGAACAAAAAAAGCAAAUACAAGAAUUGGAUUCGAUGCUAGAGGAGGCUGUGGAUUAUGCAACAAUUGGACUCCUCGCUGAUAAAGUGAAUGGACUGAAAAACACCAUAAAAAAUUCUCAGGAAAGAAUUCAAGGCUUCUUGUCAGAGUGGGAUGGGAAACUCCCAGAUAUUGAUAAAGUAAGUUUUGGUGUCAAAAAAGGGUCCUCCUUCAACGUGUACAACACAGGGAACUUAGAACACUUACAGUGUUACAGACCGUUCAGUUUUGUGAUCACGCUUUAA